AUGGUAAUCGUGCGUCGUUGCCCCGUCAUGACUGCCAUUACCGGCGGGGCCUCUGCUUUUGUCGACUCGCGCGGUGUUGAAAACCACACGCAGAAUCUAGCAAUAGUAACGAUAACCGUGCGUCUCUGCCUCGUCAUGACCGCCAUCGCGUGCAGGUGCCGCACACGCACACGUACCUACGCCCAGAGGCCUCGGUCGUCCAGCGGCGAGCCGGUCUUGCCUCCCGACGGCGCACAUUGCCCUGGCGGCGACGGACGGAGCCGAAAACCCGACCGAGGACGGGGCUUCAAGACGUCGGGACACGUGCGACGGACGGGACCGAGCAGCGGACCGAGCACGGGCCUUGAACACGCCGGGGCGAAAGAUUCGACGCUCGCCGACGACUGGGAGAUUCGUGAGGUCGCCUCUGACAGGAGCCGGCCGGCAGACGAACCAUGGGCGUGCUGCCAGCACGUCGAACGCGUCGGUGGGUUCCGCCGUUUGCAGGCAUGUCUCGAGCUCGUCUCUCCGUCCGUUUCGAUGGCGUUUAUGGCGGUUUGA